CCCACAGCCUUCUUAGAACACCUCCCCUUUUACCAUCACUGAGGACAAAGGGUGAGGAGCUGGGGUACGGUCACCAGCACGUGGUCUGCAAAAUCAAAUACUGCCUUUCCCUUCAGGUUCUGAAAGAGCGUCAGCUACUGGCCAGAUUCAUCCAGCUGAUAAGAUGCAGGUCAACAGUCUGUCUCAGGACAACAACUGGAAACACAGACAUAGCAACGGCAUCAAUCCAUGGGAUCAGGCAACCCCCUACCCAGAGUUCAGCCCAUCAGCUGCUCUAGACACCCCCUCUCCAGGGCACAGAAGACUCUGCCCACUUGCCCACCCUUCUUCAAAUAGCUCAGCCCUCAGUCCCACCCAGCAAGACACACCGGCUCUCCAAACCCAGCGGGAGAACAGCCAUCCCGGUACUGAGGAGUCAGAAGCCCCGGAGGAAAUAGCCCCGCGAGAUAUUAAAUACCGCCUGGAGCCCCUUCCCAAGGCUCCACCCCCGACGCAGCCCCCAGGCUACUUCAGCCAGUACUGCAAGCCUCUGUGGCUCCCCUUCAGCAAAACCUGUGGAGAAUGUUACAAGCCCUGGAGGAAAAAGCCAGAGACUUAUCCAGGGAAGAAGUCCUCCCAUUCAGGUGACUACCACAUGAGCACUACUCCUCAGAUUUCCUUCCAGAACCCACUUCUUGGCGAGUCGAUGUUCCCAGUUCAUGUUCAGGGCAGAAAAAUAGAGCCAAUAAUGCGUCCCAGCUACGUGGAGUAUAUCAGCCAACACCAGAGUAACUUCCAAGCCUCGGGGUGGAAUCAAGUGCUCAAAACCAACCCAAACAAAAGCAGCCAGGGGAUCAACAAAUAUAUCCAGGCGGUGCAGAAAGACACUGCCCCUGGCUGGCAGCCCACUAUGCAUCAGCGCCAGAGGCCAAGAUGGCUGAAGCAGGAGAUGACCCUCCUGGGUAGGAAGACCACUGCCAAGUUUGAUGGAGACACAGUAACCAGGAUGCCUUAUCUACCUCCUCCCAAAUCCUUGGUAAACAGAGUCAAGGGUAAGUGCCCCUCUAGCACACUCAGGGCCCUCAAAGCCAAGUUGCAAACUGAAACUGCAGGCAAGCAAUUCUCCCAAGCACACUAUGGAGACCCUCACCACAGAGGCCACGAGAAGCUGCCGGGCGUGGGUUUGCCGGCACCAACUGAAGAUCAAACUACCACCAGGACCUCCUACAUGCCCUUGUUUUCUGAAAGGUUGAACCUGUGUAAGCCCAAGGUCAACAGCAUCAAAUGGGAACCAAACACAAUUUCUCUACUGAACAAAGGAAAACAUUCAGGCCAGUCCAGCUGCCUGAAAACCAGCUCUAGAAGCAAUUAUGACAACAACAGGACUCAAAAUUCCCAAAUGUAAUAAUCAUGGGGGGGGGGGGGGAACCACCCAAAUAACCUAUGCAAAAACGCAUAGUUCAGAACACACGUCUCCUAACCAACUCAAACUGAAAACCGAGGUCCCAAGAAAACCACCUCAAAGCGUAAAUUCUGCUUCCCCACUGGGAUUUCCCAGACACACCCUAACCCUAAUCGGGCUCUUUGAAACUACCUGAGUCAAGGGUGAGUAGCCUGGUUAGGAAGGAACAAUGCACUAUGUGUCCUAGAAGGUCAGUGUGUUCCCGGAUACCGGAGGGAAAGGAGGUCAGGCUGUUUCCUUCUAACUAACGAAUGAAUAGCAAAGCGUUGAAACUUUUCUCAAGUCAGUACCAUCAAUUAAUUACAUUCUAUUUGAG